AUGUCGGAUUCAUCUUUCAAGCUUUUCAAGUCUUCGUUGAGUCAGCUUGCGGAAGUCUACUUGCCAGGCUCAGAAGAAUUUGCCAAUGCCACUGUACGAUGGGGCGCCGGGCAGACUCCGCACUACGAUAUGAUCGUAAAGGUUGCGACGGAAGAAGAUGUUCAGGAGGCUAUCCUCUAUGCCAAUGCCAACGAUAAGCCCUUCCACGCCAUCUCGGGGGCUCAUGCGACGACAACAUACCUCAACAACAUCACAAACGCCGUUGGAAUCUUCAUGCGCGGCAUGAACGAUAUCUUCAUCGUCGAUGAUGGCGACACUGCUUUGAUACAGGGCGGUAUCCUCAAUGGAGACGUCAUUGACUUCCUGGGGCUCCAUGACAAGCAAACAAUGACAACAGCAUGUGCCUGUGUAGGCUACGUCUCCCCUAUCCUCGGAGGAGGCCAUGGCUGGAACCAAGGACGUUACGGCCUAGCAUCCGAUCAGCUCGUCUCCGCGCGUAUGGUCCUAGCCAACGGUACCGCCAUCACCGUCAACGAGAGCAGCCCAGACCUGUUCUGGGCGAUACGUGGCGCUGGUCACAACUUUGGUCUAGUGACCCAGGCUGAGAUCAAGAUCUAUGACAAGAAGCCAGUUGUGGAUGGAUGGGCCGUCAGCGGCUACUUCUUUACGCACGACAAGAUGGAAGACGUUGUCGCAGUCGCGAAUACUUGGAUGACUGCUGCUAACAGGUCGGUGAGCUUGGAACACUAUGUCGUCUUUUCUUUCGAUCCAGAGGUAGACCCAGUGAACCCCAUCGUCAUCAUCUGGGUAAUUUACCAAGGUGCCGACACUGUCCCAGCCCAAUACACCGACCCCUUCGUCGCGAUGUCCCCCAUCAACACCGAAUCAGGCAUAACCGACCUCGGCGGCGUCAGCAGAUUCACCGGCGCCGACAGCGACGGCCCCUCUUGCACCAAAGGCUACACCCGCUCCCUCGUCCCCGUCUCAGCAGACACAUACGACGCACCUUCCCUUCGCGAAGUCAUAGACAUCAUGACCACCUUCCCAGCCGAAUUCCGCAACUCCGCUGUCCUCCUCGAAAGCUACAGCACCAACCGCGUCGGCGAGAUACCCAGCGACAGCACCGCAUACCCCGAUCGCGAUGGUCAGCUCCUCUUCUCCCCGUUCAUGACAUAUGACAAGAACGCUAGUCUUGAUGCACUCGCGUGGGACUACGCGGGUAAGAUCCGCGACACGAUGAUCAACGGGACGAACAAGCCUUAUGAGUCUUACAUCAACUAUGCGAGGGGUGAUGAGACAACGGAGCAGUUGUAUGGGUAUGAGCCGUGGAGGUUGGAGAAGCUGAGGAAGCUGAAGAAAGAGUAUGAUCCUUUUGGCAAGUUUAAUUUCUUUGCUCCGAUUUUGGGAGAGGAUGGGCAGCCAUUGUAA